AUGCUCAACAAUUCCAAUACAAUAUCUUCAUCGGUACAAAAGCCAUUUAUUGAUGAGGAGACCCGGUUCAUUAUUCCUGUGCACUUAGAAGGUGAAGAUUUGUCAGGACUACUUAUAUUAGUUAUCUUAACAGCUUUCGGAAUACUUGCUAACCUGACAACAAUUGUAAUUAUAAUCCGUGUGAAACAAUUUCACAAACCCACCUACAUGGUCAUAGGAGCGUUAGCAAUAGCGGACACUGUGUCUCUGAUCCAAUAUCUAUGCCAUCUGAUUCUUGCAACAACUAGCCAAAACCUUGUAGAUAAUCAUGGUCAUAUCUUAAUGACGGUAAUCUAUAUUACAGCGCAUGCGUCGGCAUCACAUGUUGUGCUGUUGCUUGGACUACGAUAUUAUUUGAUAGCUGUGCCUCUCCGGGCAAUGACGAUCAGAAAACGUCAUGUAUUGACGUUAUCAAUUUUCAUGUGGAUUUUCAGCGUGGUGUUUGGAGUGAUUUAUUAUUUUGCAAGAUUUCACGUGGCUAAAGACAAGAUCGCCAUUGUCGUACUGGUAUUCAGGGGUUAUCUUUUCCUGGUUCCUUGUAUUUUUAUGUUAGUUUUUCACAUGAUAAAAUUAUAUAAAUUAAGGACGUCUAUUAGUGGAUUCAGAAUAAGUCAAUACCUUCGAAGGAUGUCCGCCAUGAUUUUGAUCAUCAUGGUGAUUUACAUUUUCUCUGCUAUUAUAUUUCCUAUAAUAUUUUCUUUGAACUUUUUCAAAGUGCUCAGCGAACGUGAAAGCAAAGUGAUUCAAAUUUUUGCACGAGUCAUAUGGUUAUUUAACCUUUCGGUCAAUCCCAUCAUUUAUUUCCUUUACAGUCCAAAGGUCAGACGCCAUGUUACUGUACUGUGGCAGUCAGACCUACAAACGCGACGAUCAAGUCGACUUUCAUCCUAUAAUUUACGAAGUACUACAGGUACAUAUUAA